AUGGAAGAACGUGAUACACUUGCUCGUCGGUCGCGAUGGCAACAGCACUCGACAUAUAUUCCCAGCACUAGAAAUUCGCACAAUACCACGGACGUGCCCCGAAACGAUGAUAGCGACGAAGAUCCAAAGAUCCAUUCGGCCAGUGGCUCUAUGGACCACAAUUAUCAGGCUCACGGUGCACCACAACGAAUCACUAGAAUGAAGAGAGCGAGCAGCGAAUACUCCACCGCCGAGACAGGUCCAGGUGCUAUGGGACCUGAGAAUGUUACCAAGACAAAAGAAUCACCUAGGAUGGUCCGAUCUACAGUGCGCACAACCAAUCUUUCGCCGAGCCGAAGCUUAUAUCAAUAUUCAGUGCGGUACCGCUCUGUACACAAUGCGGCGGCAGACGAUGAACGGCGUUACGAAGCAUUCGGCUUGACGAUUCGCCUUCGAUUCACGGAUGAAGGUGUUGUAUCACUACAGCGACUCGUUGCAAAUAUGCUAGACGAUUCGAAGACACCUCCCAUCAAAGUGGCCACGUACAGUAUGUCCACCCCUCCAAUCAAUAGGAAGGCACCUUCUCCACUUACACUGGCGACCUCGCGGGCGACCACCACACUUGAUCAUCCAAGCGACCAGGGCUCCAUCGAGUUUGCACAUGUUUCUCCUCUCUUUCAACGUGUGUGGACAGACGAGACACGGGACUUUAAUAUGAUGAUGGUCCGCAAGAAUAUUCGUUGUGGCGGGAAAGACAUGGCUGAUAUUGGACCGCUAUACCAGUGGUACACUAGUGCCGUACCAAUCGAUGCGAUCUUUCCUCCAGGCAUACCGAUUUCCGCCAAAGAGAUACAAGCAUACUAUCCGCACCAUGUUCGAUGGAAAGCGAUAAUGUUGCGCUUGACGGAAAAUGAUUUUCGAGGUGGAGAUAUCAUGGGCAUGCAGGCCUUCUUUCGCGGACCUCCAACCUACAAGAUAACGACAGCACAGAUGAAUAACUUCCAGCGCGAUGCUGUGAAGCGUUCGAUCCCAAAGUUCAAGACCAAAGGCUAUAAAGGCAAAUCAGAUCGCAAUCUGUUCACCGAUGACAUUGCCCUUGUCCAAUUUGUAGAAAACCGUCGAAGAGGUUUAUUCGUUCCUACAUUCGAUGAUUUGCUGCAAGGACUGCAGAAUUUACCGACGGGUCUUGAUGCUCGAAGUCUUACCCAAUGUCUGGAAUGGUACAUUCAGAAUCGAGACGCAUUCAAUCCAAAGUUGCAACUCAAUGUUCUACACACCCAAGCAUUAUAUCGAGCUCUCCGACAACCUCUAAAACCGUUUGGACCUCAAAAUCUAGAUCGCAAUGCAUUGAAGGAAUGGCAGGACAAGGGUGAAUUUGAGCGUACAGGUCUGCACUUUCCGCGACCACAACCAAUUGAGGCUGCUCAGACCGAUGGGCACCAGGAAAGUAGGUCCAGAUUGCACUUGAAUCUCGACAAGGAAGAGGUCAAGUUUGAGGUUAAGAUAUCUCUCCGUCAUGUGCUGACAUUUCCUUUUCUUUCUCUUCAAGGCAUCGCAGGGGAAAUGUUCAAACUAGGUAUACGUAAAGCGGAAGCACAUUGUGCAAGACAGAAAGCAACGGAAUCUCAAACAUUUCCAGAACUCUCGUCAUCAGCCAGACCGACUAAGAACAGAGGCACCUGCAUAACACCUGGAACAACACCUGAAGCCACAAGUGAAGAAGAUGCGCGCCUAGAUGCAAAGCAAGAGGAGGGUCUGACCGAAAAGAAGGACAUAUACCGAAUCCCGAAGCGUCCACGACCGACGAGAAAUUCGCCUCUCCCGAAUUCGCCAUCCAAGCGACACAGGUCAGCAUCUCAGUCACAGCUUCUGGGUCCCCCGGCAUCCCUCACCUUCUCGGGUCGGCCUCCUUUGCCUGCACACAUGCCUCAUCAACGGCCCCCUCCUUCAUCCCACUCACGUCACCCCGAGUCCUCCUGGUAUGGUCCUUCGUCAUCGUCUGACCUGACAAGACCUCGUCACUUGCGCUAUGCCCAGAGGAACAGCCGUAACCGCAGUUACACGAGUUCAUCGAACAAUAAUGCAUACACUGCUUAUAGCGAUCGCGACCGCGACUAUGAAAACUAUGCGGACAGAGAAUUCCGAUAUACGGGCGGGAGAGAACGUUACCACGACCAGUAUCGCCACUUUUAG